AUGGUUGCGAUUCAGAAACGAGAGCUCGAAGAGGAUGAGGCCAGAAGAAGUCUUGAUCCCAGAAUCAAGGGUGGGCAAGAAGUGGAACUGAGUAGCCUCCACAGCAAAGAGGGACCCGCCAUAGCCACCGAAUCCAUAUCGUCCCUGCCAAUGGAGGCGGCGGCGAAUUUUGUGUCGAAAGAAGAGCCAAACAGGGAGGAAAUGUCACGUGUGAUGGUGGCAGUGCACAUGCCGGCGGGGAUUCCGAUGCAAAUGGACAGAAAGGCGGUUGCACUGCCGAAGAGAACGUUGAUGAAGGAUCAUCACACGAAAGUGGAGGGUCGUGGGCGGAGGAUCCAAAUGCCCGCCACCUGUACGACCCGAAUCUUCCAGCUGACCUGGGAAUUAGGCCACAAAUCGGACAGGGGGACCAUCCGAUGUCUCCUUGAGCACGCCAAGCCGGCAAUCAUCGCUGCCACCGACACCAAAACCGUCCCCGCCAUCACCAUGUCUGUCAAUGGGACCCUCAAAAUCCUCACCACAUCCGCUCUCGAUAGUGACCCACACGUUAAGAAAAAGAGUGCGUCUUCUGUGUGGACGUUGUACAAAAGUCACCUUUUGUGCAACCCACACAAUGAAUGA